AGCUGCCAGUCAUUCAGUUGGCAGAAGGGUAUAGUUCUAUCUGCCUUUCUAGAUCUUCUCAGGACACCUCUGAAGACUCAUCCAUCCUCUAACUUGCUUGCAGUUGAUCAGUGAAAGGGAAAACUCUUGACUACAGAUCAUGGCUUCUGCACCUGCUAUGUCACAUGAAAAACCAAACUCUAGUGAUGACAUCGACAGUGAGAGUGACAUUGAGAGUGAUGGCUCUACAGACAGUGAAACCACAGGGAGCAUAGCUUCAUUUGAUCAAUCUGAAGAAAAUUAUCUGAGCUCAGAAGAUGACAUAGAAGAACCAGCUUCUUGGCAAUUGCAGGUUAAAACCAAAACAAUGAAGCCUCCAAAAGUCAAAGCCAUAGGUGCUACCAGCUGCUAUUUAGGAUUCACUGAAUGUAAGAAAAUUCUAAGCAAGCUCUCAUUGCUGAUUUCAAAAACCCUGUCUAAAGCUAAAAUGAUAAGCUUACUUAAAGACUUUGUUGAGUCAGAAUUUUUCUUGAUUGACGGAGAUUCAUUACUCAUCACUUGUUUUCUCAAUGUGAACUUAAAGAAAGGACAAACUCUUCACUUCUUCUAUAUUGUGGAACAACUUCUGCAUGAUUUCAUCAAAAAAGAAGCCAAAUUUGCAGUUGUAUUUUUUAAGGAUGCAGAAAAUAUGUAUUUUGAUUUCCCUGAACUGGCAGCCCUUCGUGUCAUGUUGAUUCAACAUUUAAAACAAAAUACCGAAGUCAAUAUUUACACAGAAUUUUCCAAUUGUUUGUCACCAGAAUGGGAGAUAUUUCUUAAAGAUUGUUAUCCAUAUUUCCUAAUUGUCUCCGAAACUGGAAUAACUCCUCACCAAACAGACUUCUUAAACAUUCUUAUCAUUCAUGCUCUUCAGAAAAAAAUCAAUAUUGUACAAUCUUUGGGACUAGAGUCAGAUGUCCUUAGGAUUUAUGGAUACCAUGCCUCAAGUUGCUAUAGACACAAAGAGUUCUUUGAAAUGCAUGAGAAAAACCUGCAACAGAUCUUACAUGACUACCUAUUAGAGCAUUUCCGAAAGUCACAGAAAACAGAAAUAUUUCUGUAUGAUCACUUGAAACUAAAUUUGGGAGAGAUGCAGAAAGAGAUAGAUGGAAACUUGUCCUUGCUUCAGAACCUGUGGCCAGAAGGAGCUGAUAUCAGAAGUAUUGUAUGUUCUGUUUCAUGUUCUGUGACGCUGAAACUAUAUAAGAAAAUGUUACAGGAUGUACCAGACUGUGAAGAUCUAAACACAUGCACAGAAAUUCCUGAUGCACAGGAGGUGAUCAAAGCCCCAACACUAAAUGAAGCAGCAGACCUUUGCAGAAUGCAUUGCCUUAGUAUAGCUUUCCUUCAACAUUUACCUUUGCUUCAAAGAGCUAAGAGUAGAAUCAUUACUUCCAUUUGGGACAGGACACUUCAACCAUUUCUAAGAAUGCUAAAGAGGUGUGAAUUUUUCAUCCUAAAACAACUAACAUCUAGAAGUAAUUGGAAUGUGAAUUUCACCAACCUGCCAGACUUAACUGAUAAUAUUUUGUGGAAAAAUAUUGCUUAUUAUUAUGAAAUUGAAUACUGUAGAGGACUGAACUUGGAAUUGGGUGACACUUUGAAGCAUGAGUAUCACAAACUGUGGAACACAGUCUUAACCUUGGCAGGGGAGGAUGAUUUUGGAGAAUCCAUGCCUGUGAGGACAACUUCCAGACCAUUUCUUACAGAGAAAAAUACAUCACCUCAAGAAUCCAGUCAGGAAAUUCAUAAAUCAGGACUCAUUCCUCUGAAGUCUGAGAUUAUGGAAGAUUAUGCUGGAGAUAUUUUGUCAGAACUGUCUUUUCUAAGCAGUGGUGACCCAGCUGUUAUGUCUCUUUAUAAGAAGAAAGAAUUUGAUGAACUUAUACACUGGCAUUCUUCUAGACCUCUCAGUAAUGAUUUUGAAAGGACUAUGGACAGUAGUGCUGUCAAAUCUAAUGAUGCCAAAGAAAGGAGAAAAGUACAGAAAUUACAUCAUUUUUAUCAUUUCUUUGGAAAAUCUUUGAUAAGCCGUAACAGAGCAGUACAGAUUGUAAUAGGAAGACCUCUGCCUCCACUUCCAGCAAAUUCCUCUGGACACAAAAGAAGACAGCAGAAGAUGAAUGCAGAAAAAUUUACUGAAGAAAAUCAAAAGAAGCAGCUAGCUAAACUGAAAAAAAGGGAGGAAAAAAGGUGGAAUAACUUGUCCUUGUCUAUUGACAAAGAAAUUAAAGUGAAUCUGAACUCUGGAUUGAGAAGAUUAGAAGAUUUUCUCCAAGCAUGUCCUGUUAAAUCUGUAAAAUUUAUAGCAGAAAUGGUGGGAUUGGAAGCCUGUUUCAAAGUAUGGCUGAAAUACUGUCUAGAAUCAGAAGCAGAGCCCAAAGACCUAAGCAUAGUAAUUCAGUUGAUGAAAAGGAUUCACAUAAUCCAUGAAAAAUAUUCAGAAUUCUUAGAAAAUACACACAGACAAAAAUUAGCCAAAUAUCUGAAAUACAUUGGAUUUGACAACCUGGCACACUCAUUAUGUUCUCAGGUGAAGAAAUCAGAUAUAGAGAAAGAAAUUUCUAAAUAUUCAGUUCACAUGGGAGCAGCACGGUUUCAGUUAACACACAUGGGCCCACACUUACUUCGAGAAGAAAGGAGUGAUCCAGAUCCCAGGGUGCAGAAUUUUAUACCAGACACAUGGCAGAGGGAACUCCUUGAUGUUGUAGAUAAUAAUGAGUCUGCGGUGAUUGUUGCUCCAACUUCGUCAGGGAAAACCUAUGCGUCUUACUACUGCAUGGAGAAGAUCUUGAGAGAGAGCGAUGAAGGGGUGGUUGUAUAUGUUGCCCCAACAAAGGCUCUUGUAAAUCAAGUGGUGGCAACUGUCUACAGUUUGUUCAAAAAGUCCCUCCCAGAAGGAUUAGUGGUGUGUGGAGUUUUCACAAGAGACUACCGUCAUGACACCUUGAAUUGUCAGAUAUUGGUGACAGUACCUCAGUGUUUGGAAAUACUCUUGCUAGCACCUCAUAAUCAAAAGUGGGUCAAAAGGAUAAGAUAUGUCAUAUUUGAUGAGGUUCACUGUCUUGGUGGAGAAAUUGGAGCUGAAGUUUGGGAACAUCUUCUUGUUAUGAUUCGAUGUCCCUUUUUGGCACUUUCUGCUACUAUCAGUAAUCCUGAGCAUCUCACUGAGUGGUUGGCAUCAAUUAAAAGCUAUUGGCAACAAGUUGAAAGCACAAUGGAAAAUUCUGAUCCAUGCCAAAAUGUCUUGAAAGGGUCAAAGGAACAACAAAGAAAAAGAAUAGAAAAACCAUCAUACAGAGUUAGAUUGGUAUUGCACAAAGAGCGAUACAAUGAUAUAGAGAAGUAUGUGUGUUUCUUAAAGGAUAAUGACUUUAUCAUGGAACACUAUCACCCAUGUGCUGCUCUUACAGUCAACCAUAUAAAGAAAUAUGGAAUUCCCUCAGACCUUGCUCUAUCUCCUCGGGAAAGCAUACUGCUUUAUGAUGCUAUGGUACACAUUUGGCCGGAAUGGUCAAGAAUGCAGGAAUUAGAACCUGAAGAAUUCAGCUACUUCAAAAAUAAAGUAGUCAUCAUGAGACCGGAUGCUAAGAAGUAUGAAGAGGAACUGAAAAAAGAAAUGCUUCACUGGAUUGAGCAGGACCCAGACAAGGUGAAUUAUUUGCUGAUGUAUCUUAAACCUCAAACCUUUGACAGUGAAGAAGCUGAAAAAGAAAGAAUGUUUCCCUGUUUUGUGGAAAAACUUAAAGAAAUGAAUAGACUGCCUGCAAUUUUUUUUAUAUACAAUAUUCACUCAGUGGAAUAUUCAGCUUCACAACUUCAUACUAAUUUGGUAAAUAAACAAAAUACUCAGAAUUAUUCAAAUCCUGAAAGAGAGAACAAGUUGAUCAAGAAACUAUGGAAAGCAAUGAAGACCCAGAAAAAAAUUCAUAUGGCUGAUUCAAAAUCAGAUUCAACUGAUAGAAUUCAAAGAAUGACUUCAUUGGAGGCUGAAAUAGAGCAAAACAUUGAAAAAUAUUAUAAGGUUCCUGCAGACUGUACUUAUGCUGGUCAUCAAACUGUGGAUUAUAAGACUUUAAGGAAGAUCUUAUCCAGACUGUGUGAAACAAGACAAGGCUACAAACUGUUCAAACUAUUACACCGGGGCAUUGGAUAUCAUCACGGGGCAAUGGAAUAUAAAAAAAGACAAGUCGUAGAGAUGCUUUUCAGAUUGGGGCAUGUUCAGGUGGUAGCAGCAACCUCAACCCUUGCUUUGGGAAUUAAUAUGCCAUGUAAAACUGUUGUUUUUACUGCAGAUUCUGUUUUUUUGGAUGCUUUGAACUUUCGACAGAUGUCUGGUCGUGCAGGAAGACGAGGAGAAGAUAAUAUAGGAAAUGUAUUCUUCUAUAAUAUUCCAUUACCCAAGAUUCAAAGGCUUUUGAAGUCAAAUAUGCCUGAACUGAAGGGUCAGUUUCCUUUGAAGGUGUCCUUGAUCCUCAGACUUAUGAUAUUAGUUGCCAAAGCAGAUGACAAAGAGGAUGGCAAAGCAAAGGCAUUAUCCGUGCUCCAACAUUCACUGAUGUCCUUCAAGCAACCAAAGAUGAAGUCCAUUUUAAAAUUUUACUUUAUAUAUUCUUUGCAAUUCUUGGUCACAGAGGGAUACCUGAAUCAAGAAUGUAUUCCCAUUGGCUAUUCUGGACUUGUGUCCCAUUUACAUUAUCAUGAACCUGCAAAUUUUAUUUUCGUGAGCUUGCUGGUGAAAGGUUUAUUUCACAAAUUAUGUAUUCCAACCAACAAAAAUGGUCAGAAGAAAUUUUCUAAAGCUGUGAUGGAGACUUUAGUAGUGGUAUUAGCAAAUCUUUUUGGAAGAAGAUAUCUUUCGCCCUCUGAAGAGUUAAAGAAGAGAAGUUCUUAUUCAACGGUAAUUCUAGAUGAUCUUCCUGAGGACUUUACCAUGGUAGUAGAGGAACACAACAACAGAAUUAAAAAGCACUUUGGUUCCUUCCUUCUAACAAUUUCUAAGUUGGCUGACAUGAAAAAAGAAUACCAACUACCUCUCUCAAAAAUAGACUUUUUAGGUAAAGAAUGUGAAGACUCCGAAUUGGUCUCUCAUUUGAUGCCCGGGGCUGAAAGUAGAACUGCUAUCUCUCCUUUCGCUUGUCUGUCUAAUAUCACUGACCAAGAUUUAUUUGAUAUUAAUGUGAUAAAUGAUGCUAGGUUACAAACAAUUAAUGUGAGCACAAAUAACCUUCCUUUCCUUUGUUUGAAUAAAUAUAAGAAUGGGAGGAAAUGUCAAUUGAAUUCUUAUGCAUUGAACUUCUACAAAAAGGGAUCCCUGUCAGCUUUGACUAGAGAAAAUGGGUUAAAUAUCGGAGAUGCCUUUACUCUUAUCAGAGACUUUACACUUGUUAUUCAGUCCAUCAGGAUUUCACUUAGUGAAUUAUGUGAUGAUGAAAAUGACAAUGUUGUGUUGGCAUUUAAACAACUAAAUGAAACAUUCAAGAAAAAUCUUUGGAAAAAAUGAAGAUAUUGGCAGUGUUAAACUGUACUCAGAUACUAUGCUCCUGAAACUAGAUGGCAAGAUUUCCCCCAGCCCUUUACAUUUCAAGAAAUGGCUUUUGAUUUGAUUUACAAAAAACAAUCUUUCUCAUGUAACUUACAUAAGACUUGCAGAUUACUUUGUUUUCCAAUGGCAAUGCCUAAUCCACCUUCCAAAUUCCCAUUUUUGUAUCAUGAAUGAUUAGCUAAACCAUUUUCCCCCAGUCUGAACAUAAUAGCCGCCAAACUGACCAAAAUCUACUCAAGCUUUUUUCCUCCUUACAGCUCUCGAACUUUGACCCUUCUUCAGACUGAACUUCCACUGAAUAACCUCUUCCUAACUACUCCUCCUGAAAACUAGUGACAUUCAACUGUCCCAGACUGACUAUCCAAUCAACCAAAGACUUUCUCAUAUCGACUAUCCAAUCAUACCCACUCCCCAAUGCCUGGUUCUUUCUAGGCUUAUUUACUUAUCCUUAUAAAAGAAAAAUCCUUUUUUGCUGAUCUUUGAGACAUUGCAGAUUGUAUAGUCAGACCAUUCUCCUUAUUCCAACAGCCCCCACUUCCUACUGCCGUAUCUCCCCAUCGCAGUAGCUCUUUCCCAGAUUGUAAUGACCCUUACCCACUGCAAUGAGCCCCCUCUACCUAGUAAUCAUGAUUUCAAAUAAAGUUAUUCUCUCAUUACCUAUGUCCAGAUUUGUUUUUUGAGUUAAUA